UCCUCAGAAAAGAAAAGAAAUCAGACUUCAACAACAGACAAAUCUCAGCAACUAAUUUUACCAAAAGAAGAAGAAAGAUACUCAAAUUAUAAUCUCAUCAAAUGGUUAUUGUUAGAGGCAAUCCAUCCCCGGCAGCAGCACCUGAAGAAGAUGUUUGGGUUACUCCUUACCAAAAGCUAUUCCCUCUCUGGCACUCUCUUUCUCUUUCUCAUCAGCAUUCCGCGCUACCCAUAUCAAUAUCUAGAGUUAAUCAGUUUGAUGCUGCUAGAUUGGAUAUUGAGAUGUCGGCCAUGUUAAAAGAACAGCUGGUUAAAGUUUUCUCCUUGAUGAAGCCAGGAAUGCUAUUUCAAUAUGAACCAGAACUUGAUGCUUUCCUCGAGUUUCUCAUUUGGAAGUUCUCGAUUUGGGUAGAUAAGCCUACUCCUGGAAUUGCACUUAUGAAUCUGAGGUAUAGAGAUGAACGUGCCAUGGAAAUAAGAGGAAAAGUAAGAACGGGUUUGGAGGGGCCUGGACUGACUGUUACUCAGAAGAUGUGGUAUUGCAUUGCUACGGUCGGUGGUCAGUACAUUUGGGCUCGUUUACAGUCAUUCUCUGCUUUCCGCAGAUGGGGUGAUUCUGAGCAGAGGCCAUUGGCACAGCGAGCUUGGAAUUUGAUGCAACGAAUAGAAGGGCUUUACAAGGCUGCAUCAUUUGGCAACCUACUUAUAUUUCUUUACACGGGAAGGUAUAGAAAUCUGAUUGAAAGAGCAUUAAGAGCAAGACUGGUCUAUGCAAGCCCUAAUAUGAAUCGAGCCGUUAGCUUUGAGUACAUGAAUCGCCAGUUAGUUUGGAACGAGUUCUCAGAGAUGCUGUUGCUCCUUCUCCCUCUUCUUAACUCGUCAACCAUUAAAAGUUUUCUCCGCCCGUUCUCAGAGGACAAGGGUUCAAGUUCUACAGACGAUGACUCUAAUUGUCCCAUUUGUCGGGCAAGUCCAACACUUCCUUAUGUUGCCAUCCCUUGUCAGCACAGGUAUUGCUACUAUUGCCUAAGAACACGAUGCGCAGCAGCUCCCUCGUUCCGAUGUCCCAGAUGCAACGAGCCUGUUGCAGCGAUGCAGCGAUAUGGCAGUGUUGUUGAGCAUAAAACUCGUGGUGAGUACUUUUCAUAGUAUCGAAAAAUAAGGAUUAUAUGAAUGCUAUACUCUCAGAAACCUGUAUCUGCAUACAAAUCAUUUCAGAAAAUGAAGAAUUUUGUUUCAAAGAAUUUGU